CAAGCCGCCUACUCCCCCGGCGUGCUCUAGCUGCACUCGCGGCUUACAGCCGCGCCACCUUCCAAUCUACCACCGUUUUGUAAUUCUAGUUACAAGCUUGUAUCGGUCCACGAAGCACGCAUUACUACCUUUUGUAUCUGUCUCCAUCCUGAUAAGAACUCAGUCACUUCGUGUCUGUAUCAGUCCUUUUCAGGACUCUGCAGUCUGUGUAAUACUACUUGUGCAGUGCAAAUAUAAUCUGUUCACUAACUAUACACGGACUAAGCAAGCGGUAUCCCGAUCCACGCACCUCCCAAUAAUAAUAGAAGCAGAAAACAGUAAUAAUACUUUUACAAAUAAUGAUACAUUUAAUGAAAUUAAUAUUUUGUCUCAAAAUCUUCAUGAAAUAAGUGAGUCAAGUGUGGAAUCACUCUCUGAUAGAGAAAGCAAUGGUCAUGUUGAAGCACAAGAGUAUAUUUCCGAUAUAAGUAAUAUCUCUGAUUGUACUAAUAAGACGACUUUACAGAAAGAUUUACAAAAAUUAAUUAUUGAACGAAAUAUUGCACAUAAUGUUGUUAAUGAGUUACUGGUUAUUUUAAGGAAACAUGGCCAUGUAGAUUUGCCAAAAGAUGUAAGGGUGUUACUUCAAACGCCACGAAAUGCAUCUAUUAAUAUUAAAUCCCUGGGCGGUGGCCGUUAUAUACAUUUUGAUAUUUUCUCGGCUUUGCAGCGAUCCAUAAAAAUAUAUUCUGAAUUUAUUAUAGGGAAUGAAAUAAAAUUAAAUAUUAAUGUUGAUGGUGUACCACUUUGUAAAAGUUCGGGAAGUCAAUUUUGGCCCAUAAUGGCAUCUAUUGAAGAUGUAGAUACAUAUACACAACCUUUUAUAAUCGGUAUUUUUCAUGGCCUGUGUAAACCUAAUGACGCUAACGACUUUUUACGCGAAUUUGUUAAUGACUUUAUUCUUCUUUCUCAGACAGGCAUCAUUGUUUCUAAUAAAAAAUAUACAGUAACUCUUAAUGCAAUAUUAUGUGAUGCUCCGGCAAAAUCAUUUAUUACCUACACAAAGGGUCAUACAGGAUAUUUCUCUUGUUCCAAAUGUAUUCAAGAAGGUGAUUUUGUAAGUAACAGAGUAGUUUUUCUAGAAACUCACAGUAUGUUACGUACAAACGACACAUUCAAAAAUCGUAUACAUAUUGAACAUCAUACAGGUGAUUCCAUAUUAGAAAAACUUGCCAUUGGAAUGGUAUCUCAAAUACCAUUAGACUAUAUGCAUCUUGUUUGCUUAGGUGUCGUAAAACGAUUGCUGCAACUAUGGGUUAGAGGAAAUAGAAAUAUUAGAUUAUCCUCAGAGGCUGUAAAUUUAAUUUCGUGUUAUUUAAUUGAAUUGAAAUCCUUUAUUCCAGCAGAAUUUGCGAGAAAACCUAGAGGUUUAAAAGACAUUGAUAGAUGGAAGGCUACUGAAUUUCGCCAAUUCUUGCUUUAUACUGGAAUUGUAGUUAUGAAAUCAGUAUUGCCUAUAAAUUGCUACAAUCACUUUCUUUGCCUUAGUGUUGCGAUUCGGAUAUUGAGUAAUCAACAACUAUGUGUGUCAUUCAACGCUUAUGCAAAUUCGUUGUUACUUUACUUUGUUUCCAACUAUGGAAAUAUAUAUGACGACAAGUAUAUGUCACAUAAUGUUUACAAUCUUCUACAUCUUUCCAAUGAUGCCCUAAGUUUCGGUUCUUUAGAUAACUUUAGCUGCUUUAAGUUUGAAAAUUAUAUGCAAAAAUAAAAAAUAAAUAAAACGGUUGGGAGCACCCUUAGAAGAAUUUUCUAAUCGUACUUUUGAAGAAUUACAACUUCCCAUUGAAGCAUGUAAAGUACAACAAUAUCCGAUUGUUUGCUAUAAAAAAAACAACAUCAUUUCUCAUGUCCAAUUUCAAAAUUUUAAAAUUUCAACCAAGGAAGCCGAUAAUUGUGCCCAACUUGAUGACAAAUCUGUUAUAUUUGUCUGGGAUAUAUUUGAACAAGAUAGUAUUUGCUAUAUUCGUGCAAAAUAUUUUUCAAAUUUAAAGUCUUUUUUUUAUAUACCGUGCUCUUCAGACAAAUUGGGAAUAUUUGUUAUAUCAAAUAGUACUACUUCAGACAUAAUUACAAUUUCAGUAGCGCAAAUUAAAAGGAAGUGUUUCAAAAUUAAAUGUUUUGACGAAAUUGGUUCUUAUGUUAUAAUACCAUUACAAGCUACUAAUAAUUAGAUGUUAUAACUUGGUUGAAUGCUUUUUAUUUUAAUUUUUAUGUAAUAUUUUUUAUUUUUAUAUGAUAAAACUUAUGUAAAUAUAUUUCUUUUGCCAUCACAAAUAUUGAAAAUAAGAAAUGCUUAUCUGACGUAUUUAUAAUUCAUGGAUAAUAAUAUUUAAAAGUUCUUAAUACAUUGGACACGUCAUAUUCCGUAUCACACGAUGAAUUGCGAAAAAAGAAAGUAUGCGGUGGUAAAAUUCUUAUAUGAUUCUACGUAUUCCGAAAUUCCAACAACAUGGCUCUUUAAAGAUAGAAAUGUACAAUUUUGUUGGUGGCCACCUCGAACGGCAAACAGUGCAACAUUCCUAACCAACUGUCAAAGUCCUGAUUCUUACACAUGGAAUAAAUAUGAAGUAGAAAUCAUAAAAUAUUGUUCAUCUCUUGAGUCAGCUCGAAAGAGUGCAACAGACUCUACUUAUGAAACGACUGAUGAAGAACGACUGGGUCGAGGGAAGAGGCAACAUGUUUCAUACAGUCGGUUCAGAAAUGAUGAAGA